CUCGCAUCCGUCCUCAGCUCGCGUCCGACUACAUCCGCGACCCGAUAGGAGGCAGCAAGCGUCCAUUCGUCUCAGCUCGAAGUUUCAUCCAUUCUCAGGUGGUCCGGUUCUAUACCUCUACAAAACAAAGGUAUAAACAUAAAAUCUGAGAACCUAGAUAAAGAACAUAAACCCUAAAUCCAUUAUUAUGGAAACUAUGCUCAUGAUGAAACCUAAAAGAAACUUCAAGAUUAAAAUCGACAAAUCUUAAAACUAGAAAGAUAUAUGAUUCCAACUAGAACAUGAUUGUAUGUUUGAUUGAUUAAAUCUGAAACAUGACAAACCCUAAUGAAGGAAUCGAAAACCCUAAACCCUAAAGAAGCUAGAAUCCGAUUUUUAGAUUGUUCUUGCUUGCUUGAUUUCUUGUUUGAUCUGAGGUUUAGGAUUGUUAGAUUGUUUGAAAUAAUCAAGCUAAGUAUACAAAUACUUAUGGCCUUGAAACCUUAACAUAAGAUUGAUAGAAUUUAAAAGAUUGAAACCCUAAGUAAUAUAAAAGAAGUAAGUAUAGUUUUGAUUGCUUUACAUGAAUCCAAACAUGGUAUUGCAUUCAUAACUGAUUAUAACAAGAUCGACCAGCAUAUAGAUCACAUGAACUUAGGUUGCUUGCAUUAGUAAACCUAUAUAGCAGUGUGGCUUAUGAUUGAUAGCACCAUGGUCGAUUAGUAUUGUUUGAAUAUCAUGAAUGCGUAAGACAUGUUGUGGCCGAGCUUGCUUAUUAUCCUGCGGCCACAUGAUCACAUUGUGAAUCUAAAACCUUAAAUGAUAAUGUGAUUCAGAUGUCGAAAAUAGCAAACAGAGACUAUGCAGCCCUUAAUCUCUCCGGAGACAAUUACUUGCAGUGGGCGCUAGAUACAAGGAUCAGUCUAAAGUCUAAGGGACUUGGUGAUACUAUCACCGAGGACAACAAUGAGAAUGAAAAGAAUAGAUACAGGGCCAUAAGCUUUAUGCGCCAUCAUCUCAUUGAAGGUCUUAAAGAUCAGUACAUGACAAUUGAAAAUCCACUAGAUCUUUGGAUUGCUUUAAAGCAUAGAUAUGAUCACCAAAAGAUGGUGUUGCUUCCAAAGGCAAGGCACAACUGGAUGCAUCUAAGAUUCUUAAACUUCAAGUCAGUGGAUGAGUACAAUUCAGCCUUGUUCAAAAUAGUUUCAAUACUAAGGCUUUGUGGUGAAGAAGUAUCCGAUAUGAUGAUGCUUGAAAAGACCUAUACGACUUUCAAUCAGUCGAAUUCAGUGUUGCAAGAGCAAGAUAGAACAAAAGGUUUUGCCACAUAUACUGAUCUGAUCUCGUGUCUACUUUUGGCUGAGGCAAACAAUGAGCUCCUAAUGAAGAAUAGUGGGGCCAGACCGGUCGGGGCAGCACCAUUACCCGAAGCCCAUGCGGUUGAAAAGAAAGAUCCCAAAGAGACUUACUACGCCCAAGACAACAGGAGACCACACGGCAAUGGCCGUGGUGGGUACAAGAGGCGUGGGCGUGAAAACCAGAACGGCCGAGACAGCUACUCGACCGGCCGAAAAGGAAACCACAAUAACCGUGGUCGUGGUUCCAAUUACGGCCGAGGUCGAGGCAGUUAUGGCCGCGGACGAGGUGGCAUAUCCAAACCAUCUUACACGUCCAAGUCAGUAUGCCACAGAUGCGGGAUGGACAACCAUUGGGCCAAGAAUUGUAGAACUCCGAAACACUUGUGCGACCUCUACCAAGAGAGCCUCAAGAACAAGAAUCCGGAGGCAAACAUGAUCCAAAAAACCGGUCAUGAUGACAAAGGACAUGGAUAUGAUGCUGACAAAGAAUCCGACCAAGAUGAUCUAAUGGACUUUGAGACUUCUGAUUGUCUAAAGGACUAGUUUUCGAAUCACUUGUCUUAUUGCUUUAUGUUUUUGAUUUGGUGUUUUUAUUUUGUGUUAUGAUAUUUAUAAUAAAGAAAGUUUUAAAGAUCUUAUGUAUGGCAUAACCGGCUUGGCCAUCCCGGAAUAGGAAUGAUGUGAAAAUUGAUGAUGAAUUUACAAGGGCACACGUUUAAAGGAGUGAUCCCACAAAAUCUCACAUGUGCAGCAUGUGCACAAGGGAAACUCAUAACUAGGCCAUCACCAGCCAAGGUUAAUAAAGAAACCUUAAACUUUCUGGAAAGGAUCAAGGAGACAUAUGUGGCCCAAUACACCCACCUUGUGGGACGUUUAGAUAGUUCAUAGUCCUUAUUGAUGCAUCGACCAGAUGGUCGCAUGUAUGGCUACUAUCCACACGGAACCUAGCCUUUGCACGGCUGCUUGCUCAGAUGAUAAGGCUGAGAGCACACUUUCCAGACUUCCCUCUUAAGACUAUACGUCUAGACAAUGCUGGUGAAUUCACGUCCGAAGCGUUUAAUGAAUACUGUAUGUCCAUGGGGAUAAGAGUAGAACACUCCGUGGCACAUGGCCAUACACAGAACGGCUUGGCCGAAUCCUUGAUUAAACGUAUCCAGCUGAUAGCCCGGCCAUUGCUAAUGAAGUCUCAACUUCCGGUAUCAGCAUGGGGACAUGCGGUUUUACAUGCAGCAGAACUGAUUCGCAUCAGGCCAUCUAGUGAGCAUAGAUAUUCACCAUCCCAACUACUUACGGGUCAUGAGCCAGACGUGUCCCACAUCAAGACAUUCGGAUGUGCCGUCUACGUUCCAAUUGCUCCACCACAGAGAACUAAGAUGGGACCACAGAGGAGGAUGGGAAUAUACGUAGGAUAUGAUUCUCCAAGCAUUAUAAAGUAUCUUGAGCCAACAACCGGUGAUUUGUUUAAGGCCAGAUACGAAGACUCACAGUUUGAUGAGUCCACAUAUCCGUCCUUAGGGGGAGAUAACAGCCGGUUGAUCAUUAAAGAUUUAGAAUGGUUUAGACCAUCCAUAUCUUGGCAAGAUCCUCGGACUAAAGAUUGUGAUAUAGAAGUCCAAAAGAUUAUACAUCUUCAAGAGCUAGCUAAUCAACUGCCAGAUACAUUUGCUGACCCAAAUAGAGUAACAAUAUCACACAUCCCGGCUUGUAAUGCACCUAUAUGAUUAGACAUCCAGAAUGGACAAUGUCAAGUGGCUACAGAGUCUAAGCAACGUUUAAAACGUGGUAGAUCAAUUGGUUCCAAAGACAAACAGCCUCGGAAGUCCAUGAGAGGUGCUGGAUCCGAGAGCAUCAAGGAAACCGUCCAGGACAUAGAUGGACCGGCCGAGCCGACCAGAACGGUCGAGACAAGUGAGCCGGCCACACCCGAUGAUCCGGUCGUUCCUCAUAGUGAGGUCCGGGACGCUGGACUUCACGGGACACAAGAGCCGGACAACCAAGAGAUCUCUAUAAACCAUGUAAUGUCUGGAAAACAAUGGAACAGAAAAGAUAUCAACGUUGAUGAUUUGUUUGCAUAUAAGGUAGCACUUGAGAUCAUGGAUAAAGGUGAGGAUCUAGAACCCACGUCCAUACAAGAAUGCAUGCUAAGAUCAGAUUGGAUCAAAUGGAAAGAAGCUAUAAACGUGGAGUUAGAAUCAUUGAGAAAGAGAGGCGUCUUUGGCCCUAUAAUCUUGACACCAAGAGAUGUCAAACCAGUGGGAUACAAAUGGGUCUUUGUAAGGAAGAGAAACGAGAGAGGAGAAGUAGUGAGAUACAAAGCACGGUUUGUAGCACAAGGAUUCUCACAAAGACCAGGAAUAGACUAUGAGGAGACUUACUCCCCUGUGGUGGAUGCAACUACAUUGAGAUAUCUAAUCAGUCUGGCCGUGAAAGAGAACAUAGAUUUACGCCUAAUGGAUGUAGUAACUGCAUACUUAUACGGACCACUGAAUAAUAAAAUUCAUAUGAGAAUUCCAGAGGGUAUUGAGCUCAAAGAUAAGAGAGGUUCUCGAGAACAACAUUGCAUUAAGUUGAAUAAAGCCUUAUACGGUUUAAAGCAAUCAGGUCGAAUGUGGUACAAUAGGUUAUCCGAGUACCUAGUGAAAGAGGGUUAUAAGAAUGAUCCAAUAAGUCCAUGUAUAUUCAUAAAGAAAUUCGACAGCAAGGGCUUUGUGAUAAUGUCAGUUUAUGUGGAUGACCUGAAUAUAAUAGGAACCCCUGGAGAGAACCGUUGAGUGUUUAAAGAAAGAGUUCGAGAUGAAAGACUUAGGGAAAACUAAGUUCUGUUUGGGAUUACAGUUUGAGUAUAUGGAGAAAGGAAUCCUUGUGCACCAAGAAACUUAUACAGAAAAGAUACUCAAGCAAUUCAAUAUGGACCAGGCUCACCCCUUGGCGAGUCCUAUGAUCGUGAGGUCCUUAGACCUUGAGAAGGAUCCAUACGGACCUAAGAAGCCGGACGAGGAAGCACUCGGACCGGAGGUGCCUUAUCUAAGUGCCAUUGGGGCCUUAAUGUACUUGGCUAGUCACACUAGACCGGACAUCAGCUUUUCCGUGAGCUUACUAUCUAGAUUUGGUUCAUAUCCGACCUUAAGGCACUGGAACGGAGUGAAACAUCUGUUCAGAUAUCUGCAAGGGACAAAGGAUCUCGGUUUGUUCUACACCAACCGGCCAGGAGAGAGUUUGGUGGGAUAUGCAGAUGCUGGCUACUUAUCCGACCCACACCAGGCUAGAUCUCAAACAGGUUAUGUGUUUAUAAACAGUGGAGCCGCAAUAUGCUGGCGUUCUACUAAGCAAACCUUAGUGGCCACAUCAUCCAAUCACGCCGAGAUCAUAGCCAUAUAUGAGGCAAGCCGUGAGCUUGUUUGGUUGAGGAACAUGACCGGCCAUGUCUUAAGAGAGAGUGGUCUGGCCGUGGGACAAGAGAAGGAGGAGCCAAUGAUCAUCUACGAGGACAAUGCAGUGUGCAUUGCUCAGCUCAAGGAAGGAUACAUCAAGGGAGACAGGACAAAGCACAUCCUGCCCAAGUUCUUCUUCACCCACGACUUGCAGAAGGCAAAGGAGGUUCAAGUAGUUCAAGUUCGAUCCAGUGACAACUCAGCCGACCUCUUCACCAAGUCUCUGCCAACCUCAACGUUCAGGAAGCUGGUUAAUCAGAUAGGGAUGCGCCGGCUGAAGGAUCUUCAGUGAUGCCUUCAUCAGGGGGAGUGUCAUGCGUUGUACUCUUUUUCCUGUCUAUGGUUUCCAUUUUUCCCACCUUGGGUUUUUGGUUUUCCUAGAGAGGUUUUAACGAGGCAACAUCGUGCAUGAUACGAGCCCAUAUGGUUAUAGCAUCCAAGGGGGAGUGUUAUGAAUAAUGUGGAUUGCUAGUAACCCUACCAAGGAGUAACCGACCAAGUAGGAUGCGUCCAGGCCCAAGUCCAAGACCGCAUCCGGAUAGGAGAGAGAGGCGGCCAAUGUGUGGACCGACCUUAGGGAUUAGAAGUUUCCAUUUCCCUUUCAUGUUUAUCUUUAAGGAUAUUUCUUAUUUCCUUUUAGUUUAGGAUUUGUACUCUUUCCUUUUAUCUUUAUCUUGUAAUCCCCUAUAUAAGGGAACACUUUGAUUCAAGUAAUAACACACGAUUUCCCCUAUUAUUCACAAGAUUUUCAGGAGACCCUCAAAAUUGCAAAGACGAGAUCAUUCUUAUAGGAAGAAGUCCAAAUAUCUGAAAUAAUUGAUCAAACAUGGGGCAAGUUAUCUACGAGCGUUUAGAGCAUAACAACGUUAGGUCAAAUGGGGGAGAUGGUGCCAUAUACAUUAGAUGGCUUAUGGAAAGAAUAUGAUAUAUAUUUUCGUGACAUAGUUGGUUCAACACUUGAUAGUUUCAAUGGAUCGGUGAGGGCAUAUUAACAAUAUAAGAUGCAACCUCAUACUUUUGCAUACUGAUACUGAAUUAGAGAUUCUCAUUUGGGAAAUGGAAUAUUGUAUGAUUACAUUUCAAUAAACGAAAGUAACUCUUGGAAUAUUGUAUGAGUAACAUUUCAAUAUUGUACGAACCACACAUGAAUGAUUGUUUUGAUCUUAAUUGAUUAAAGCUAUGGUUCUGAAACUAUACUUUUUAACAGGCUUUCACCAUGUUACCUUGCAGAUGUUGAGUCAUCAGACACACUGUCCCAUUUUAUAAAUUCACGUGAUUGUCAUGCUAUCUACGAUAUAUUUACAUGUCGACAUUCUAUUCAAUAAAGUCUGUUUUUGUUUUGACAACUAUUUAUUAAAGUCUUUAUGGCAACAUGUACGCGUUAAUGCAUAUGCAAAUGGAUAUGCAUGUUCGUUUUUAUUAUGUGCCUUGUCUUUUAUAUAUUUUUGUUGGCCAUGUUUAGAUUCGAGGAAUAAACACAGGAUUUUGUGUUGGUUGUUCUGGAGGCAUCUUAUAUUAUACCCUUUAAUCAUUUGUACUGUGAAUAUGCUUGAUUUGGUAGGCAAUUAUAUCUCAGAACUUUACACCAAAAAAAAAUAUAUAUAUAUAUAUAUAUCUCAGAACAAAUAGAUUUUGUGGACGGAAAAGUGAAUUAAAACUUUCAAAAGUUUAUACGAAUUUCUGGAAGCACCAAAGCAUAAUUCCAACAUAACUACCUUUUCUACUUUUUGAAAUAAAAUAGUAAAAUAUUUGACCUUUGUCAUGAUCUUACAAUCAGCAUCAUCUUGACGUUAUUUAUAAAUUUAUAACUGACGCCAAAAAACAACCAACCCAUGAGAAUCAAAGUUUGAUAGUUUGAUUUUUGGGAGAAUUUGCAAGAUGACCAAGUUUGAAAAGGAAAUUAAGUGCAAAAUAUUGAUUUUGACAUAAUUAAGUCCAUAACAAUUAUGUCAAGUUUUAUCCGAUGCUAUUUUUUUUUUGUUCAAGUUGCCGGUAAUAGAGAGAAGAAAUUGAUGACAUCAACAAUUUGACACUCCACAAUUAGUUAUCACAUGUAAUACAACCAACACUACAAACUUCUUUUCCACAUAAAUAUGCAUCUGAUUUUUCUAUACCAUAUCGCUGAAAUAUAAUAGGAUUUCAAAUCCACUCACAUCUAGUAAAUACUAAACUUUACUCCAAACCUCAGCUCCUAAAUAAUAAAUCAUAAACUUUAAACAUCACCCUUCCAUCUAAACCCUAAACCCUAAUUACUGAACCCUAAAUCCAAAUAUAAACCUCAAACCCCAAUUAUCAAAAUCUGAAAAUAGUAUAUAUUAAACUAAAUCCAGACCUAAUUUUGAAUAGUAUAGGACUCCAAUCCAACACACAACUCCUCAAUGCUGAACUCAUACCUAAAUUUUGAAUACUAAACCCAAAAGAGAAUUUGUAUUCCCUACCCACAACAUAUACCCUAUUUGCACUCUAUACCCUAUUUCCCCCCAAUUUUUUUCCCCCCAUCAUCACCAUUUUCCCUCAACUCUAUGGUAUCUCACUUCUUUUUGGAUAUUGAGCUAAUUUACUCAACCCAAAAAUGCUAUCACUAAACCCAAAUCUAAACCCCCACCUUCCAAAUACUAAACCCUAAAUCCUAAUCACUAAACCAUAAACCCAAGCAUAGACUCUAAACUCAAAUAGAAUGAAACAAAAUACAUAGUAUAGUACAAACUGGUGAGUAAAAUAGAACACUCUUUAUUAAUCGUCAAUGGAACAUACAUAAUACAGUCACUAAACCCAAACUUCAACCCCCACCUUCCAAAUACUAAACCCUAAAUCUUAAUCUCUAAACCCUAAACCCAAGUAUAAACGCUAAACCCAAGUAGUAUAGAACAAAAUACAUAGUAUAGUACAUUUAGUUGAAAACUAGAAAUUGCUAAAUAAUGAAUUUAUCAAACAAUCCAUGGUGAUAGUAAUACUGAUUGUAUAUGUGUAGGUGACAUGUAUAGAGUAACAAGAAAUAUAUAUGUUUGUCAAUGUAAGUGAAAAGUAAAGAUGUAAGUGUUAUUCCAUUUCUUGUGAAUGGUACAAUAAUACAAGAACCGUAGCAUACUAUUUAGUUUGGUACUUGCGAAUGGUACAAAAAUAUAAGAAUUGCACUAGAUUAUAAUUUUCUUUCACUACAUAUAGUAUAGUCGGCGAGUUCAUCUUCUUCACAUCUUCCUCUUUUUGCAAACAUGGUGAUACAUGCAUGCACUGGUCCAGCGUAAUUAUUCUUCACCAUACCAUAUCAAUACAGCAUACUAUAACAAUUUAAAUAACAAUGAAAAAAUCAAGAUCAACAACACUAAAGAAACUCAAAAAAAGAAAUCAUGAUGUCACCUCGUCGUUUUCUACGGUGACAUCUUCUCUUCCAAACUCAAUUCCACAAACCAAGAAUCCAUGCUCUUUCUUCGUCUUGAGAUGAAGUGGUUUGUGUUCGUAUGUAUGAAAAAAAAACAAAGAUUGGAGAAGAAGAGGAAGAAGAAGAAGAAAAGAAAUAGAUAUGCACCAAUGAUAAUCAUAAUUUAUUAAAUCAUUUCUUUAAUAUUUAUUUUAAUAAAUAAUUUUUCGCAAGUUGCACAUGUUGAAUUGAAGGGUAAUAUAACAUUAUUACAUAAAAUAUAUAUAUUGUAGAUAAAAGUUAGAGGUUUUAGUUAUCUAAUGAAUUAUAAUUUGUUUGAAGGUUAUACAGUCCAAUUCCCUUUGAUUUUUCUAGUUUCUAGAAUAUUUUUAAGUUUUUGUUUUUUCCAAAAACCAUUUUUUACCCGAUCAAACUUUUUGAUAAAUGGUUUUCUGAAAAUUAAGAAAACUAAUUUUUAAAUAACUGUCAAUUUCUAAACAAAAAACAAAAAUCAACUUUUUCUAGUUUUCUUGCUAUAAACUUUUUUUACAUUUAUGCAUUAUUACAAAUAUAACUUACGUAAGGCAUUUUGGUACUAUGAUAUGGAUAAUACGUAACACACUUUACCUAAGGCAUUCUUGAUUGCUAAUAAUAAUCCCUGAGCACAUCUAUAUAAUAGCUAAGGCACACGUAAGGCAUAUUACAUCUUUUCUUAAUAUAACACAGCUUAGUUAUACUAAAAUUAUAACAAUAUUGAAUAAUAUUAUAGGAAAUACUAAAAUUAUAACAAUAUUGAAUAAAAUUAUCACAAGUUUUUAUUUAAUAUAGUAAAUUACAUUUAUGCUAACCAUAAAAAUCUUUAUUUUACUAAAACUAUUAUUAUAUUUGAAUGUUAUUUUUGUAUAAUAAUAAACUGAUGUAAAAAAAUAACUCCUAUAUUUAUCAAUAAAAUAAACUUAAUCAUUCGAAGUUAGUCAUCACAAAAAAAAAUAUUUUUGAUACAUAUAAGCUAUAUUUCCUAUUUUUUGGUUUUACUUAGUAUUGCAAAAACCAAAAACUAAAAACAAAAAUCUAAUAUCACCAUUCAAAUUUUUUAAAAAUCUAAAUCUACUGCAAAACUAAAAACCAAAAAUUUAAAAC